CAGUGUAAUUGCAUUUUGGUACACAAGAAGUAUAUUCAUUUCCAAUGGAAAGCUAGGUUUGCCGGACAGCAUUGCGCUGCAGAGUCGACCUGUAUGCGUAAACGGCUUGACAGAAAUGGUAGCAGAAGGUGAAUGUUGAACUUUUGUUGCACACAUAUCCAGAUGAUGCUGCAUACCAUUUUGCGCAUAAAAGUGUCGGUGUGAUCGAGGCGUUAAGCUUGAAGCUGCCAUAGGAUGCGGAGAGGAGCGGGCGAGUUCAAUCCAUCAGAUUCCAACCUGGCUGCCUUGAUGGAGGACAACAUUUAAUGAGAAUACUAUAACCCUAUAGUACACUUUUGUCUUACUUGAAAAGGAGGAAUUGAUAUACUAGCUCGUCCACGGGAUUGCUUAAUGGGGAACAUUUCUGGGACUUUCUUUUCAAUAUUGCCUGGCUGAAAGCAAGCCUGCGCUGUGGACACACACAAGCUCUGACAUCACUGGUUUACGCAGCACUGGCUGAGAAUCAGUGAGUUUGUGGGAGAUCCUUCCUAGUCACUCAGUGGUUGGUGAAUCCGGUGUCCAAGGAGACCGCUCUCUCCCAGUCUGUCAGGCGCGUAAAAGCGGGUAAGGCGUCUCAGAGAGGAGUUACCCGGGAAAAAACGAAAAGCUGCUUUUUGCGAUUUUGCUGAUUUUUACAAGGGGAUUAUCCACGGUUCUGCUGCCUGCCUGCCUGCCUGCCUGCCUAUUUGGGUCACCUGCUUAGCUCCAAGGCGCUUUUAUUAGGCUCCACAUUCCUGCCAGUGUUGAAUUGAUCUUUACCCUUCAUGUCGCAUUGGAAUGAUUUCAUCUAUCAUGGAUUUGAUUUUCUUUUACAAAGUCACUGUUGAGGCUCGGUUAGACAUCCUUUAGAUUCGGACACUGUAAACUACCAUCGAACCCACCCAUAUAGCGCAAGAUCAGGAGGGGAACAUGGCCAAAAAUGCCCCGGACGGACCAUUGCGGGAUGACUUGAGCAAGCUCUCCGGCGAGGAGCUCUCCAGGUUCGGCAAAGACGAGCUGAUCAGGAGGCUACGGAAAACGGAUAACGAGAAAAUUAACUUAAUGGUGGAGCACGGGAACAUGAUGAAAGACGUGAACCGGAGACUACAGGUCCAUCUCCACGAGAUCCGCAGCCUCAAAGAGAUCAACCAGAAGCUACAGGAUGACAACCACGAGCUCCGGGAGCUCUGCUGUUUCCUAGACGACGACCGACAGAAGGGCAAGAAGCUGUCCCGGGAGUGGCAACGCUUCGGCCGCUACACAGCCGGAUCGAUGUGGAAGGAUUUCGGGGUGUACCAUCAGAAGCUGAAGGAUCUGGAAGCCAACCAGGACUCUGUAAUGCGGGAGAACCUGGAACUGAAGGAGAUAAUUCUGAUGCUGGAUGAGGAGAGGAACGGAGCCGGGUCACGGAGCUCCAUAGAUUCCCAGUCCAGCCUGACCAACCUGAACGGGGUCACGGGAACCGUUAGGGACGUCGGGGACGGGAGCAGUACCUCCAGCACCGGCAGCGCCGGUAGUCCUGACCACCACCACAACCACAUACACAAGCCGAACGAGGGGAAAAUAGCAUCACUGCGGAGGUCUAUGGACGACCUGUCGCUGGCGUCACACAUCCACCUGCGCAUCCCUAAUGGACUGAAUGAUCCGUCUUCAAACUACAUCAGACAACUGGAGACCAAGGUCCACAUCCUAGAGGAUGACAACCAGCAGCUGCUAUCACAGCAGGCUAACAGUGGUGAUCUGAACAGUCUGAGGAAGGGUCUGUCUCUCUACCACUCUGAGUCUCAGCUCUCAUCUCUCACACAGUACCAGCAGGACGCUCUGCAGAAUGGCUCUGGUAGGACCCCUAGUGGUGAGCCGUCCUCCCCAGCAGACUACCUCCCUGUGGGCCAGAAGCCCGAGGCUGUGGUCCAUGCUAUGAAGGUGCUUGAGGUGCAUGAGAACCUAGAGAAGAAGAUCCCUGAAGACUAUGACAAGGACCUCAGUGAAAAGGAGAAGGCCAUCGUCAGGGAAAUGUGUAACGUGGUGUGGCGUAAACUGGGUGACGCUGCGGGCUCCAAACCUUCUAUCCGCCAGCAUCUCUCUGGGAACCAGUUCAAAGGGCCUUUGUAGUCCCUAGGACGACAUU